UCGAAUGGUACUUUAAUUGUUCUCUUUCUUCCACCGAGGGUUGAGGAAAAGAAUGUGAAGGUUGGUUGGUUAUACAGAUUACAGAUUGGCAGGGGACGGAGAAACGAACUGGAAUGGAAUGUUGCCCCUCCCUCCACCAUCAACCAACCACGCCCAUUGUAACCUUACUUUUUUUUUUGUGGGCUCGGUUUGGCUGCCAAUUUUCAAGUUAGCGCUCUUCCUCCUGCUUCCCUUUCUCCCGUUUCAUCUCCUCCCCUGUUCCAACUCUCUCUCUCUCUCUCUCUCUGUAUCCGGCUCUGGGCCGCCGUCCCAAUGGUCUACAUUGUGGUUGUCCGAUUGAGUAAGGGCUGAUGUUGCGGGUUGCUUUCGUCUGAUUGGAAACGGAAACCUCAGAAUACAAAAGGAAGAGAAGGAUUUCGAUUUCGAUUUCGAUUUCGAUUCAGGGAUACAUAGAUAGAUAGAUAGACAGAUAAUAAUGGCGUAUAGGAGAAGGCAGGGGAUCACGAAAUCGUCCACGUUCGAAGAAGAGCCACACCACCGGCCUUCUCUGUCCGAAUCACAAGGCUUACUGGAGUAUGCCGCGGCAACGGUGACAGCCACCGCAAAGCCCAAGCUGACGCCUUCCCAUACCUUCAAUUCCUCUUCCACACUCGCCGCGGAUGCUAUCAGAGCCUCCACCUCCCAUCGCAGCCAAUUCGGCUCUCACUCUCCCAUUCGAUCGAACAAGAUCUUCGAUGCGUAUGAAGAUAGAUCGCCCAUGAGCGGUUCCAAAGGUUUCUGGGGCGUUCUUGCUCGCAAAGCCAAACCCAUUAUGGAGGACGAAGAAGAACAGGACGCCAACAAUAACAACAAGGACGAUACCAUUUUUGGUGCAUCUCCACGGCCUGCUUCACCAGCAGCCACAUCCAGGUUCCAGAUGUCGCCUUCUGAUACCUCCACCCCUGCUGCUGGUACCCAUCAAUUGCAUUCCACGUCUGAUGGGCUUGAGAGGAAGAUAGACAAUCCUGCAAUCAAGAACCGCCUCGAUAAGAUUAAAACCUCCCUCAAUCACAUUGGCGACACCUUUGACAAGGCUUUUGAGGAGGGUCGGACCAUGGUGGAAAAUAAGACUGCUGACAUCAUCCAAGAAACCCGCAAACUGCAAGCUAGGCGGAAAGGAGGAGCUGGUCCUCAACAAAAUCAACAACAAAAUCCUUCAUCUCAGCCAGAGAAACACAUGAACCCUGAAACUCAACUCAAGGCAUCUCGCGAUGUAAGGUGGCAAGUGGCGAUGGCAACUGCUGCAAAAGCAAAACUGCUUCUCCGGGAGCUGAAAACUGUCAAGGCUGACCUUGCCUUUGCAAAACAGAGAUGUUCUCAGCUAGAAGAAGAGAACAAGAUCCUCAGAGACAGCCGGGAGAAGGGUGGAAACCCAGCCGAUGACGACCUGAUUCGGCUCCAACUGGAGACACUAUUGGCAGAGAAGGCUCGACUAGCAAAUGAGAAUGCAUUUUAUGCUCGAGAGAACUGUUAUUUGAGGGAAAUUGUGGAAUAUCACCAACUGACGAUGCAGGAUGUGGUUUACUUGGACGAAAGCAGUGAAGAGGUUUCGGAAGUUGACCCCAUCUCCAAUUUGAUGACUAUGUCUCCCCCGCUGACUCCUCCCUCACCUUCUGCAUCGGGGAUGAUCCCUACUGCAACCGAGAGCUUCGAGGAAGCCUUCCCAGUGAUAGAUGAUGAUGUAGCACGGAUCGCAGACACCCCUGCUACUGGGAAGAAAGGUACCAAAAGCGACAAGGAAGAUGCAGAGGGUAUUACUGCACUAGUAAUCCAGGAGGAACAAACUCCAAAAGUGAUGUCACUUUCGACAACUUAGAAGUCGCCUGCUCCUCGUCAGGUUGCGUUGUGUUGCUUUCUCCUGUGAGAGUUGUCUGUUGUGAAUAGGAUUAGUGUGCUACGUCUGUACUUAUUCAUAGUUGUUUGUCUGGGUCUCCCGUCCUUCUACCAUGGUGGUCCGCGGGAAAAGGUUUUGGCCGGAGAAGCAUUUUUCCUUAUUCUUCUUCUCAUAUACGGACACUGGAGAAAUCAUUCUUUAUUUUUGGUGCAUGAAACAUUGUAAUUGUCGAAGUGGCUGUUACCCACUGAUACUGAAGGGUGUUGUCAACAUACUUCCUGAGCUCUUCCUAAGCUGUUUGCCCCCGGACACACAGGGACACAGUAAGGUUUGGUCUGUACUUUGUAAUUUGCCAAUCAGUAACCACGAGUUAGUAUGCAUCAUGAAGGGAAGCAGCACCAUCGGUCAAAAUUGUAGUUCAAAGCAAAAAAGUAUGAAGACAUUUUUUUAUUUUCGGGUUAAUUGUAUGAUUGGUCACUGAGUUUAUAAAAAAUAUUCAUGUUUG